UUUCCUUGAACACAGAGGACGACAGCAGCCAAUUCUGGCCAACCCUGAAAACAAGUAACAACUUUUCAGCUGGAUCCUUGGAAGGAGCGACUCGAUCUUUUUUUCUUUUUUAAACAUUUUCCCUUUUCCUAUAGGUGAAGAAAAAAAGAUUUGGAUUAUUGGGGGUGUUGUUUUGACCCCUGCAGAGCAAACCUGACAUCAAGAUACCUAUUACGGACGAAUCUAUUUAUACUCUUUUUUUGUUUUGUUUUGUUAAUGUCGGAACAGUGAUGUGAAUACAAUACAAUUCCAGGAAUCCACCACUUCCUGGAAUAGCUUAAAGGGGGCAAACAAAAGAUUACUUAGUAGUGUUUUCCCUCCCAGAACUGUAUUACUCCAAGAGUCAGCGGCGACUGUUGCUGCUGCUGUUCUCCGUUCAACUUCUUCCGUACAAAGAGACUAUUUAUUGAUAUAUAUUUAUAAUUAUUCAUUCUUUUCUCUCCCUUUUUUUUUACUGGCUGUUUUAACGCCACCAGGAAGGUGAUUCCCACCCACCCCCCAAGUACUCAUUUCCUUUUACUUCGGUAAUUUAAAAACCAUUUAUUAGUUUUUUUGCCACAGCAAGAGUGGAUUGGGAGACGGCUGCGGUCAAGCGCGUUCUUCAACGCAGAACUCACGGAACGAUCAGGAAAGAUUUCCUGGAUACCUCAAUUUACUUUAUUUGCUGUGGGUGACCUCCAAGGUGCUUUUGAGAAGCCGUGUUGGGAUAGAUCCGACCUUUUCUCCGCAAGUUAUCUACUGACUUGUGGAAUUGCUGCUGGGAACACAGAGAAGAUAGCUGCAGUGGGAGAGCUGUUUCCCGGUUCCCCUGAAGACUUAAUGCUUUUUCCUUGGUCCUGGAGUGACAUGAUCCUCUGUGUUCAGGGACCCCAUCCUUUGCUGGCAGAGGAGAAAAUCAGGAGACUGUCGCUUGGGGCUCUUGCUGUGAAUUUGUCAGAGCAAGUCAUGCAGCCUCUAUCAGUCACACCCUUCCAAGAAGAGUCUGCUCCUGCCUUUGUGGCACCCACGCUAGAGAGCAAUCCACCUCAGCCACGAGAUCCAGAGGAGGAUCUGUUGUGCAUUGCAAAGACCUUUUCAUAUUUGCGAGAAUCUGGCUGGUAUUGGGGCUCUAUCACAGCCAGCGAAGCAAAACAGCAGCUCCAGAAGAUGCCUGAAGGCACCUUCCUGGUGCGGGACAGCACUCAUCCCAGCUACUUGUUCACACUCUCAGUCAAAACCAACCGUGGGCCCACCAAUGUGCGCAUUGAGUAUGCUGACAGCAAGUUCCGGUUAGACUCCAACUGCCUCUCCAAACCUCGAAUUUUGGCCUUCCCAGAUGUGAUCAGCCUGAUCCAGCAUUAUGUUCUUUCCUGCACAGUGGAGAGCAAGAAUGAUGCUCCUUAUCCCCCGCCUAUGCCCUCGCCACCCAUGCAAAAAGAAAUUGCAGCCACAGCAGUUCACUUGAAACUAAUCCGUCCACACAGCCACAAGAACAGUGCGCCAAGCCUGCAGCACCUCUGCCGGCUUCAGAUCAACAGAUCCACAGCAGAGGCAGACCACUUGCCUUUACCAAAGAGAAUGAAGGACUAUUUGAAGCAGUACCCUUUCCAGCUUUGAAGUACUGCCAGUUUGCCUCAGAAAGACAAUAGAAGCAAAAUAAAACCCAGAGGGGACAGUAAUGUGGCUUUGUCCCACUGAAGUGGUGCGGUAUUAAGUGGACAAAGCAAAUAAAUGGCCAUCAGAAGAGAUUGUAUCUAUUAUCUCUUCCCCUUUUGUCCCCUUAUACCCUAAUUCCAUUCCUGUGUUAGGGAGGGGGCUGCUAGUACCAAUGACAUUUACAUGGUACACAAUUCCAAUUCCUGGACCUGAGGGCUUCUCUCUUGGGUUUUUUUUUUUUUUCCUGAUUGUGGCUUUGAGUAACACUCUUGGUAUGUGCACACUACUUGAAUUUCAGAGAUGCCAUGACACCAGGAAUGUUAGAGCAUUGUUACUGUCAUUAUUUAUUUCCAUGGUAGUUGUAUUAUCUUCUAGAUGGUUUUUGCUUACCUCUUUUUUUAAAACAACAUGUUAGAGAGGGGCCCAAACUGGAUCUUUACAACUUUGCCCAAUAUUGGGGUGGGGGGUGGGGGUUGAAUUCAGGCUCCAUUUAAUUUGCUGGACAUAGCCUUCUCCAUAGUCUGCCUUGGUUCAUUUCUACCAAGAGACCUUUGGAAGUAUGUGAAAGUUUGGGCAGCAGUACAAAUAAAACCCAGAACAUCAAAAACAAGUCUCAGCAAUGUGACACAAAAAUUUCUAACUUUCCUCUCAAAUAAACGUAUUAGGUUUAAAUCAGUGAAAGAAAGUGGAUCUCCCAGUCCCCUUCUAACCUUUCCUUCUUUGAAGAGGACACUCCUAUUCUGAAUCAGAUCUUUGUGACUUUUUUUUUUAAAAAAAAGACAGAUUGGAGGCCCCUGAAUACCUUCAGAGGAGGCUUAGAGUUGGUGUUUGCCUUGAAGGGAUGAUGACACCUCAACCCAACCUCAGUGUAAAGCUAAUUCUCCUAAGCUGCAGCAACAGCAAACUUUUAAAAUGUGUAAAUAUUUAUUUAUUUAUUCCUUUGGUGAAGGAACCCAGCAAAAAAUAGGCCAUCUAUCUUUCAUGAUUAUUACAGGGUUAACUCUCCUAUUGACUGUUUUAAGGUCCUUAGAUCACCAGUCUGUUACUAUCAUGUGGCUUCAGAAAGAACUGAAUGCUGCUGUGUUAUUCACCUUGUUAUUUUCUAGCAGUCUUUACAGGCUAAAGUCAGUAUUGUUUUUUUGCAUAGUAUACUGGAAUCGAAAAUCCCUUAAUAUCCUUUAUGACUUUGUUAGUGGUCACAUAUUAACUUUGAUUGUGACCUGCAUUUGGAAAACAAGAGGAAAAAAAUAACUAGGUGUUCCCCAAAGUUUUACCAUUGUGUACACCACAUCCAGUCAUCCCUAAUGCCCAUUGUCUUUGCAAGGGAGAAGAUCAAGUCCCAUGGCACAAGAGUAAGGAUGAUCCCUUGGUGUUCAUACUGCCUUUGACUGCUUCCUCAUCUUCAUGACAUGUGAAAGCAGAGAAUCCACAUGGUUGAAGGUGAUGAUUAUUCUCCACUAUAUGUCUAACAGUGCAGCCUUAAGGAGGGUUACACCAUAACUCAGUGGCCUUUGAAGGGUGCAACUCAUCUUAGGAUGGCAAUAUAAAUCCUCAGGACACAUAUGGUAUUUCAUAGGCCCCAAGGGUUGAGUUUUUCAAAAGGGUACAUCUAAAAAGGGAUAAGAUCUUCGGGUAACCCAAAGAAAACAUGGGGCCUUCUGCUCCCAAUUAUGCUCUGAUCAGCCAUGCAGCAUGGCCUGGUGUGUUUAGUCAGUGUCCAUUUCUUUUCAUGUUUUUAUAGGAUUUAUUGUAUUUCUAGUUUCAUUUUGGAUACUUUGAUAAUUAACAGAAUGUGUGCAUGUAUGAUGUCUGAUAGGUUGAUCACUGAGCUCUCCCCCUUCCUUGUGCCACAACAAGGGGCCAGAACAAGGCAGAUGAAUGAGAAAAAAUACAUACAGCAAAAUACAAUAAAUGAUAUUUUUAAAUAUAAA